AUGUCAACACCAUCGGCUUCCACCCGUGCGAGUGCGACAAAGGGAAAAUAUAGCAAGAAGACCUUGCGCAUCACAGUGGGAGUGGAGAGAGAGCCGUUCCAUGUACACUUUUCUCAACUUGAGCGGACUGGCUUCUUUGAAGUUCAUGGAUGGCCACUGGGUGUGGAUGCCCUAGGUUCACCAACGCCCGCAUCUACCGUUCGGGAUUCGACUGUCAGCCCGGUCCCUGUCAAGUUGGAGGGUGGUGGUGAAGAGAUGAAUACCAAACAAGGCCUAAACGAUCAUCGGUCGCUGGACGAUCUCAUCUCGAGCCAUGUUUAUCACCUCGAGGGACGCUGCUACGAGCCUGCUGCCUUCGAAAUCGUCGUCAAUUGGCUAUACAACCAGCCACCCGAAACACCAAUCAGUCGCAGCAAUUGUAGGAUUUUGCUCCGGGCAUACGUUCUUGCUCUCAAUUACCAGAUUAUUCCCCUCCAGGACGCCAUCGUCGACUGUAUCCGCCAGUACCACCGAGAGUUUAACGUUGUCUUCGAAGACCUGGUCUGGAUCAUCAACCGGCUUGGCGAUAGCGAGUCCCUGCACAGUAUUCCUAUUGUCAGAUACCUACUUGACCAAUGCGCUUGGGAGAUCUAUUCGCAAGGAUACAGUUCGUUUGCUCACCACAAUACUCUACUUGAGCCUUUUCUCGAAGUUGGUGACCGUCCUAUCCGAAAGUUUCUCUUCGAGGCUAUUACGGAGAUCUCUCGAAGCACCGCAGGCGAUCCAGCAAUUGGCCCGAAUCGCUACAGGGUUGAUGAUUCCGUUCUCUUCGGACGGACCGUCCAGGGAGAAGACAACAAUAUCAUCGAGAUUGACGACUGA